GCGGAUGGAAAUGGAGUCGAAGGGGGCGGGGUGCAGCAGAAGGGAGCAGAGAUGUUUGGAGGCUUUUUUUUAAUAUAAAAUUAUUUAUUUAAAUAAAAAUGGCCGCCGUGGAGAGCGGAGAGGAGAGACUGGAGGAGGGCCAAGAGGGUGAGGGACCUACUGACCCUCAGCCCCCUGCCAGGUCCCACAGUAAGUCCAAGAAAGGUCGUCGUGAGCGCCGCCAUGCUGACAGAGGGACUGAAUCCACGGCCACACCCCAACCAGCUGCACUGCAGCCACACAUGGGGGCGGAGCCACAGACACAGGUGUCUGAGCCUCAGGCCGGACCUUCAGAGGAGGCGGGGUCAGAAACGGCAGGCGGUAGUGAGUCAGCAGGUUCUCCCAGGCAGAGGCGCUCCAUCAUCCGGGACCGUGGGCCGCUCUAUGAUGACCCAUCACUGCCUGAAGGCUGGACACGCAAACUCAAACAGAGGAAGUCUGGACGCUCGGCGGGGAAGUUUGAUGUUUACUUGAUCAACUCGGAAGGAAAGGCUUUCCGUUCCAAGGUGGAACUAAUCGCUUACUUCCAGAAGGUUGGUGACACAACUACUGACCCCAAUGACUUUGAUUUCACUGUCACCGGACGUGGAAGCCCUUCCCGCCGUGAGAAACGCCCUCCAAAAAAACCAAAGGUGGUGAAACCAUCAGGUCGAGGCCGGGGGCGUCCCAAAGGCAGUGGGAAGAUGCGGCAUGCUACAGAGGGCGUGGCCAUGAAACGCGUUGUUGAGAAAACCCCAGGCAAACUGCUGGUCAAGAUGGCAGAGUCCUCGACCGGCACUACCUCCACUGCCUCAAAGGUGGCGUCUCCUGCACUCGUGCCCAAGUCCCGUCCCGGCAGAAAGAGGAAAUCAGAACAGGAACUUCCAGUGCCACCACAGACCGCCCCCAAGAAACGGGGCAGAAAACCAACGUCGGCAUCGGCAUCAGCGGUUGCCACGGCAUCCACCUCCUCAGCAUCCACCUCUGGUAGCACCGCCGCUGGGAGCUACGCAGCAGCUGCCAUUUUGGCCGCUGAAGCAAAACGUAGAGCAGCCAAGGAGUCUUCCACCAAAGCUGUUGUCCAAGAAACAGCCCUGCCAAUCAAAAAACGUAAAACAAGAGAGACGGUAGAGGAGAAGGAGAGUGUCCAGACUCCCGUUGUUUCACAAGCGGAGACUGAAAGAACGGUCACUUCAGGGGGAGAGGGAGCUAAAGGGGAGGGAGUCCCUACCUCAGAGACUUUACCUGCCUCCUCGGAGAAGAGCCAAUCACAUACACAGAAGCAGCCCACUGCAUCAGAUGAAGGCCAGUCACAUGGACAAAAGAUGCAUAGAGGAAGGAAGCACCGGGAGAAAACAGGAACAUCAGACGCAGAUGGAGGAAGAGGAGAGGAAGCAGAUGAAGACGUGGGUGAUAAUCGAGGAGACGGAGGAGGAGGAGGAGGGAGGAGUAGCAGCAGCAGCAGUAGCAUUAGUCCGUCGAAAAGACACAAAAGGAAGGAAAGGACGCCUCACAAACACCACCAUCACCACCACCACCAUCAUCAUCAUCGCCACCAACAUUCCUCUGCCUCCUCAGAGGAUCAGCCUCCUCUUCCUCCAGCUCCUGCACCCCCAGAAUCCUCUAACCAGUCCAGACCUGAAGCUGAGCCCCAGGCCGUGCCUCAACUCAACCCCCAGCACACUCAGCAAGCUCAUCCCAGACCAAAGUCAAAGUCUGACACCCAGACCCCCCCUGAACCCCGACAUCCUCCCCCUCAACCGCGCCACUUGCCCCAGCCCCAUACCCUGCAGCAUUCCCAGGACCAGUCGCCCACUCAACCUCAAGCCCAGGCUCGGUACCCCGCAUCCCAGCCCUCUCCCACGAGGCAAGUUCAACCCCAGCCAAGUCCCCAACUUCCCCCAUCCCAAACCCAGAGUCAGCGCCAGGCGUCCCCCCCAAAAGCCCAGUCAAAGCCAGUCCACUCCUCAGCUCAGCACCACACCCAGCUUCAGGCUCAGCAUUCUCCAUCUCAGCCCCGCCCCCCUCAGUCGCCUUCAAUUCUGCAUGUCCAUUCAACCCAAACAAGGCAUCCACAUUUGCGAACCCAGUUCCCAACAGCACUUCAAUCCCAGACCCAGCACAGGCACCCAUCCCAACCCCAGCCCAAACAAUCUCAACCAGAGAACCGGCAGUCACUUCAGCCUCAGUCUCAGUCCAGGACCCCUACCCAACUUCAAACUCAAACCCAACCCAGGACCCAACUCCGGAAUCAACCCCAAUCCAGAGCCCAUCUUCAGACUCAGAGCCAGUCCAGAAUCCCAACCCAAGUUCAGACUCAAACCCAACCCAGGACCCAACUACUGCCUCAACCCCAAUCCAGGACACUUACCCAAAUUCAGCUUCAACCCCAGUCCAGGACCCAAGUUCCAAUUCAACCCCAAGCCAGGACCCAACCGCAGACUCAAUCCCUAACCAGAGUUUCAGCUCAAGUUCAGCCUCAAAUGCAGCCAAGAACCCCUGCCCAGCUUCCACCUAACCUGCAGCCCAGGCAUCAGGUGCUGCCGCAACAGCCGACGAGACACCUUCCACAACAUCAACCCCAGACUCAACACAGACCACAACCCAGACAGUCAUCUUCCCAGCCAAGACCACCCCAGCCCCAACCCCAACCCCAACCCCAGUCCCAAGGACAACUACACUUUCAACGGAUUCAAGUGCAUUCGCGUCCCCAUCCCCCACAGAUCACCAGACCCCCUGUGCAGCACAUCUCAUCCCACCGACCAUCUUCCAGCCUAACCAGGACCAACCUGGUCCCCGUUCUGCAGAACCAGAGUGAGCAGCCCCAAGAUCUGAGCACCACACGGCCAGGAAGAGGGAGCCUGCUGCAGAGUCGAGAGGUCUCCUCGGAAGGCGUCAGGGCGGGGGAGAGAAGGGAGCCGGUCAUGGCAUCAGAAGGCAGAGAGGUCGUAGGAGGUGGAAGGGGGUCAAACAGUACCUCGAGGUCCAUACCUCCUGGAUCUCCAGUAGUAGCCGGAACCGGGGUUGGUCUGGUCCCUGGGGCAGAGGGAAGACCUAGGCUCCGAGCAGAGCCAGAGGCUGCAGGUGAGGGGAGAGAGCUCAGAGACAUUGUCCCCCAGUCUGCCGUCCCCUGCCCAAGCCGGGAGGAAACCGUCGAAUCACGGACUGUGGUCAGCGAACGAGUAAGCUGAUCAGUGAGGCUAGCGAUCAGCUGACUAAUCAGUUUACUGAUCAGCUGACUGAUGGACUGAGUCAGCAGUGGAAGAGUCAGGUGGAUAGGAGCGUGACUGGACUGUGUCGAUGACUUCACGGCGUUUUCAGAUAGGAAUCAGUUCCCAGAGCUUCUCCUCUUGUCUGAUUGAAGACUGCAAAGUUCUGGAUCUGAGAAUCAACAAGCACUGAGGACUGCUGGUGAAGAGAUUGGAAUUUUGUCUUUUUUAGGAAAACAAACAAAAGGAAAACUGAUAAACAAGUGUGUGUGUAUAUAUAUAAUCAAAAGGCAGCUGUUGUGUCCCGCUAGUCUCCAUAGGGAGGGGGGGGGGUAGUUUGGAACUAAAAACCAAUGCUUAACAACACAUUACUCUGAACGAAACGUUGCUUCCGGAAUAUAACCUCCUUUUUAUUUGUAUUUUGAUAGUUUAUAAUUUUGUCUCUGUUACAGCUUUAAACUCUGAUAUUAUUGACUGACGGUCCCUUAUUAUCGUCGUGCUGCUGACUGACGGUCCUUUAUUUAAUAUUCUGCUCUCUCAACUGAUAGUCCCUUACUGAAACUGACGGUUCCUUACUGAAACUAGAACUUAACUAAAAGCCUCAGAGGGGAUGUGAGGCGGCGGUUUGCACCUUAAACUGGUUUCUUAGAAAUCUUUCAGUUUUUCCACCCAUGGUUCCAUUAUGCCGUUAAUAGAAAAAAAAGGGGGGGUCUAUAAUGUUUUCCAUCCUCUUCCACACUGCCCCCUAGAGGUAGCCGUUCUGAUGUAAGAGCAUUACUUGUUGACUCUACACAGAUCUCACUUUUAGUUUUUUAACCCAUUCUAUGAAGCAUUCAAACAGCUCAAGGUGUUCUUGAUAACGUCUUAUCAGAAUCUGAAUCCCGGCAUACACUGUACGAUCGUAGAAAAGUCCCGUAGGAAUAUCGGCUCGCACUGCACAUCUGAUUUGUUUACAACGCAUGACCAAAGCUCACAUUUCAUGUUCUCACAGAGUACGACCCAAAUGUUGGACAUGACCUGAGUGCUCACACUGUGGGAUGGAGCAUUGACUAUUGUCAAUAAAGUUUCUUUUGAUAGCUCCCUUAGACGGAGGAUGAAGUGCUCAAAAAUGCUCACACACUCAGCAGCACAUUUAAAAACAAACUAACUAGAAGCUAAAUCAUUACAAAUAAGACGACACAUCAGACAUGCCUGCGGUUGCCAUAGUGAUUUCAGAGGCCGUCUUGACAGUUUGUGCAGGCACAAUCAGGAAACAAGCUCUGGAGUCUGGGGAAUUGGCUUGUGGCUCUGCACUUACUGCGAGUGUGUGCAGUCCAGAAAUUGAUCCACAGGUCAGGAGCAGCUGAUUGGGCUGAAAUUCGGCUCGACCUAAAAAAAUUAGUUGUAGUACACAAAGAUGGAGGCUUAAAAUCGUACAGUGUACGCCUAGCUUAAACAGAUGGUUCUUCUGUUUGAUGAUAAAUCUUCGACCAUGCUCGUUGGUUCUUCGAAUGCUUCAGACAUUCAGAGUUCUUCCAUGGCAGAGAUUCUUCCACAUCGGCCUUCAUUAAAUCCGUUUGUUUUGGUUGUGUUUUUGUUUUCAAAAGAAGCGCUUAUAAAAUCAAACCAAACCCACUUUUACGGUAGCUUUACUUUUAGUUUGUCGUUUCAGUUUUUUUUAAAUUGUGUCUUUGUGUUGAAUGUCUGGAACAGUUUGCACUCCUCCAGUUUGUACAAUCAACCGCCUGCAUGUCGCUCGGAGACUCUGUAGGCCUUCAACCGGAGAUGCACGUACGCAGAGGUCCAACCUCACCAGGGUUUCACUGUCAGCCAUGUUGGCGAUUGUGUGUGGAGACAGAACCCUGAUGGUGGUCAGGUUCAGUUCCAUGUGGAGUCAAAUGUGCUGGAAACAGAAACAAACAGUUCACUGAGCAGCAAACUGAUUUUUGAGUCUGUGGGUUCAGAUUAGAGAGCGCGAAGGAGAAACGGAACAAACAGUAACACAGUCUGGACCAAUGGGAGUGUAGCGUUUCUACUCUGGGUUUUCAAGGCAAUGCUGCUGCGAGGAAACGUGAUUUAUGGAGUUUGGCAAGAAAAUCUAUAUAUUUUUGGAAUGAUAAGCUAAACAAGAACUCAACCUGUUAGAUCACAACGGAGAGAGUCCGUCAUCAGAGCGUGUAAAGAUGGCAGCCAACACCUACUUAUAUCUGAAUGUACACGAGGGUUAUGUUGUGCUUUCAGUUCUUUUAGGUCAGACAUCUAAACUAAUUGGUUGAAUUUAGAUGGUUAACAGGUUAAGUCAAGUCUUAAUUCUGGUUAGCGCCUGUGUUAGCUCCACUCUGCUCUUCUGUUAGCUACUCUAUUAGCUCCUGUGGUAGCACCUGUGUUAGCUCCUGUGUUAGCUCCUCUGUUUGCGACUCUAUUUGCGCCAGUGUUCGCUCUUCUGUUAGCUCCUGUGUACGAAUGUACACACAUGGGUUAUGUCAUGCAACACUUUCAGUUCUUUUAGGUUAGACUUUUAAACUAAUUGGUUGAACUGAGAUGGUUAAUAUGUUAAGUCAAGUCUUAAGUCGGGGUUACUUUAGCUCUUCAGUUAGCUACUGUGCUAGCUAAUGUGUUAGCUCCUGUUUCAGCUCUUCUGUUAGCUGUCUUGCUAGCUCCUCUGUUCAAGUGUUAGCUCUUAUGUUAGCUCCUAUGUUAGCUAAUGUGUUAGCUCCUAUGUUAGCUCCUGUGUUAGCUCCUCUGUCAGUUGCUGUAUAGGGUCCUGUGCUAGAUCUUGUUUUAGCUCCUGUGGUAGCGACUGUGGAAGCACCUGUGUUAGCGACUCUGCUAGCUCUUGUGUUUGCUUCUGUCAGGUCCUCUGUGAGCUCCUGUCAGCUCCUCCGUGAGUUCCUGUUAGCUCCUUCAUUAGCCUCCGCUCUGAACCUUCAGACUCUGUUUGAAUGUUAAUCUCUGUCUGUCAAAAAACUUCGAUGUUCUUGACUCUUUGGCUCCAGCACUUCAGCGGUAUCAUCGCUUUAAUGAGUUUACUAGACCAGAAAUAAUCCAAUAAGUGAAUGUGUUCAUGCUGGAUAAAAAUAAAUGUGCCUCGUUCUUUAAACUCCUCCCACCUGGUGUGAUGUCAUACAGGUGAUGUAGUCCAUUUCCACCUUAGGCUGAAAAAUCCUCUCUGCGUACGUGGAGCUCCGCCUACCGCCCAGUCUGCUCACAGCAGCUAACCUGUUAGCAUGCUGCUGCGUGGUGCAGCUGCAGAAAUCAAACAUCCCUCUGUGACUCCACAGGAUUCGCCCCGCACAAACCCAGUAACCAGCCACCAUAUUGCAUGUUCCAGAGUUUAGUGCCUAUAAUAUUGUGCGUCUUGCCAGAAGCCACCAUGUCAGCCAAGCCAUGUUGUGUUUCUAGACUUAGUAGUGAUGUGUGUGGUGACUUCAUAGUUGCUAAUAUUGAGGAUGAAUAUUCUGCUUUUACUCUGGUUGGAAUCAGUGGAAACUCCAAUACACUGUCGCUGUAGACAAAACUAGUUUUUACCUGUUUUCUUAUUUUUCUUUCUAACUAAAAGCGUUUGUUGUCCCCUGA